AUGCAACAGCUUACCUAUCCAUGCGCCGGCAUUGGACAAGACGUGAGUGCAUCGAACAGAACGGCCUGGCCAGUCGACGGCGGCUCCCUGAAGAUCACGGCAACACACAAGGCUAGCGAUGUCUACAUCGCACUCGCCUUUGGCGACUCGAUCCCCAAGGCGUGGUAUUUCAAUCACACGUUGACUCCCGCGCCUCUAAACCAGACGGGAGCUGGAUCAUUCUGCCUCCCAUAUGUUCCCGUGCCUUCCAACUACAACGUCACGGAUGGGACAACGGCGUCACUGCAGGUUAUAAUGUAUGCUUUCGACGGGGCUACGGUGUACGGUUGCUCAGACAUCGUCUUCAGUGACUCGGCCAAGCUUUUGUCUUCAGUGGACUGUACCAAUAUGACCGGUGUCACAAUUGAACAUCUCGUUACGGACGAUGGCUCAGAGUCAGGAAGCUCGACCAGUGGUGCACCUCGAGGACCGCUGCAGGUAUACAUCGGUGUCAUCGUCGCAUUGACAGCUGUGGGCUUCAGCAUACUUAUGUGA